UACCGAGAACGGGCGAUUUUAUCAUCUGUUUGACUAACGCCACUGCAACAGCAACAUGACCGGUCGAGGCAAAGGUGGUAAGGGGCUGGGAAAGGGAGGCGCCAAGCGUCACAGGAAGGUGCUCCGUGACAACAUCCAGGGCAUCACCAAGCCCGCAAUCCGUCGUCUGGCUCGCCGCGGCGGUGUCAAGCGUAUCUCGGGCCUCAUCUACGAGGAGACCCGCGGAGUGCUCAAGGUGUUUCUGGAGAACGUGAUCCGUGACGCCGUCACAUACACCGAGCCAAACGCCAAGAGGAAGACGGUCACCGCCAUGGACGUCGUGUACGCGCUCAAACGCCAGGGCCGCACACUGUACGGUUUCGGAGGUUAAGCUGAGCUGCCGCCUGUUCCGCGCGCGACAUCGCCCCACAAAAGGCCUUUUUAAAGGCCACCAAACAU